AGCAACAACGGACGGGCCAUGCGGGGGCCGCGCUCCGGGCUCUGCCCGCUCUCCAUCUUCAUCCUCCUCCUCCUCUCCCCGCUCCUGCCGGCGGUCGCCCUGUCCCCGGCCCCGCCGUGCGUCCUCCCGGGGCUGCGCCGCGGGCCGCUCCCCGCACCAGGGAGCUCCGGAGGCUGCGCGGGUCCACACAGGACGGAGGAGCCCGAUGUCGGGGUGCGGGAGGACGGGGGCCCCGUGCGGCUGCUGGGGGUGGGCAGGGCGCUCGCCGUACCCCCCCGGGAUGCCGCUGGCCAGCCAGACCCUGCCCCAAUUCCCGCAGAGAGCAGGCGCUCCCCCCAGGAGCUCCCCAGGGCUCACGCUGCUCUCAGGAGGCAGAAGAGGGACUGGGUGAUCCCCCCCAUCAAGGUUCCUGAAAAUGAGAGGGGCCCCUUCCCCAAGAAGCUGGUUCAGAUCAAAUCCAACCGGGACAGAGACACCAAGAUCUUCUACAGCAUCACAGGGCAGGGAGCAGAUGCGCCCCCCGAGGGCAUCUUCACCAUUGAGAAGGAGUCGGGCUGGAUGAAAGUGACGCAGCCGCUGGACCGUGAGCACAUCGACAAGUACCACCUCUUCUCCCACGCCGUGUCUGAGAACGGGAAGCCGGUGGAGGAGCCGAUGGAGAUCAUUGUGACAGUGACAGACCAGAAUGACAACAAGCCCCAGUUCACACAGGAGGUGUUCAGGGGCUCUGUGCCAGAGGGAGCUCUGCCAGGCACCUCCAUCAUGCAGGUGACAGCCACAGAUGCGGAUGAUGCGGUGGAGAGCUACAAUGGUGUCAUCGCCUACUCCAUCCUCAGCCAGGAGCCACGGGAGCCCCAUCCCCAAAUGUUCACUGUCAACCGGGCCACUGGCACCCUCAGCGUGAUCGCCAGUGGCCUCGACCGGGAGCGUGUGCGGGAGUACACACUGACCGUGCAGGCAGCUGACCUGGAUGGCGAGGGACUGACCACCACAGCGUUGGCCGUCAUCGAGAUUGCCGAUGUCAAUGACAACGCCCCUGAGUUUGACCCCAAAAUGUACGAGGCGGCCGUGCCGGAGAACGUGGCGGGGCGGGAGGUGGCCUGGCUGGCUGUCACCGACCUGGACGCGCCCGGCACGCCGGCCUGGCGAGCCGUGUACUCCAUCCUGCGCGGCAACGACGGGGGUGCCUUUGCCAUCAGCACCGACCCUGCCACCAACGAGGGCAUCCUCCGCACUGCCAAGGGUCUGGACUAUGAGGCCAAGCAGCAGUUUGUGCUCCACGUGGCAGUGGCCAACGAGGUCCCCUUCAUCGUGAAGCUGCCGAUGGCCACAGCCACGGUGACAGUCACUGUGGAGGAUGUCAAUGAGGCCCCGGUGUUUGUGCCGCUGGUGCAGCUGGCCACGGUGUCAGAGGAUGUGCCCCCGGGGCAGACCCUCACCGCCUGCACGGCCAAGGACCCUGACAAGGCGCAGGGCCAGAGGAUCAAGUUCCUGGUGGGGCAUGACCCGGCAGGCUGGCUGGCUGUGCACCCCGAGAAUGGCCUGGUGACCGCGCGGGACCACCUGGACCGCGAGUCCCCCUUCGUCAAGAACAGCACCUACAUGGCCGUGCUGCUGGCCGUGGAUGAUGGCUCACCGCCGGCCACGGGCACGGGCACACUACUCCUCACCCUGCUGGAUGUGAACGACAACGGCCCCGAGGCUGAGCCACGGGACAUCACUGUCUGCCAGCGCAAUCCCCAGCCCCAGCUCCUCACCAUCACCGACCGAGACCUGCCCCCCAACACCGGCCCCUUCCGCGCUGAGCUCACCCACGGCUCGGAGGACGGCUGGGCUGUGGAGGUGGGAGACACAGAUGACACAGUGACACUGCAGCUGGUGGCACCGCUGGAGCCGGACACCUACAGCGUGUACCUGCGGCUGCUGGACCGGCCGGGCAGAGCCCAAGUGACCAUUGUCACCGCACGGGUCUGUGCCUGCGAGGGGCUGGCACAGGGCUGUCCCCAGAGACCCCAGCCUGUCACCGCCCUGCCCUUCGUCCUCGCCACUCUGGGUGCACUACUGGCCCUGCUGUUAAUCCUGCUGCUGCUGCUGCUCUUCAUGAGGAGGAGGAAGGUGACAAAGGAGCCACUGCUGCUGCCUGAAGAUGACACAAGGGACAACAUCUUCUACUACGGGGAAGAGGGUGGCGGCGAGGAGGACCAGAACUAUGACCUGCGGCAGCUGCACCGGGGGCUGGACGCCCGGCCCGAGGUGAUUCGGAACGACGUGGCCCCCACCCUCCUGCCGGCCCCCCAGUACCGGCCCCGCCCCGCCAACCCCGACGACAUCGGCACCUUCAUCGACGAGAACCUGAAGGCGGCCGACACGGACCCCACGGCCCCCCCCUACGACUCGCUGCUGGUGUUUGACUACGAGGGCAGCGGCUCGGAGGCCACCUCGCUCAGCUCCCUCAACUCCUCCGCGUCCGACGGCGACCAGGACUACGACUACCUCAACGACUGGGGCGGCCGCUUCCGCAAGCUGGCCGAGCUCUAUGGCGGCGGCGAGGAGGAUGAUUAGGGACCCCCGGCCUGCUGCUCCUGCCUUAUUGCUGCUUUUGUGCCUUGGGGGGUUCCCCCUGCUGUGCCCCCCACCCCAGCGCAGCCCCCUCACCUCCUCGCCUGCGUUUUUGUGGUUAUUAUCUAUUUUUUAAGGUAUGGAAUGAUGGCGUGUGAUGCUGCGGACAAGGGGAUGGGAGCUGGGUCAGUUUUA